UUCGAAGUGACCUUUCCUCGUAACCAUAGUACCCACCACGACGCGAGACAGGUGUCUAGAGAAGUUCUGAAAGCCGUACACACCCACGUGCUUCCUCUUGCCGCUUGUCAUUGGUAUACCGUGAAAGCUUUGUUUAUGGAUUGCCCUAUGAAUAUCCCUGUUUUUAGUCACGUGAUGAAUUAUUGGUUAAGAAGGGGAAGAACCUAAUUUUAUGUGGUGUUGAUGAUCUUAAAAAUGUGUGUUGUAGAAAGGCUUGCUAAUGCCAUGGUGAUCUAAAACUGCUUGUUUUCUGUCUGUUAAACUUUAUUAAAACACGUGUUAAUUGUAUAAGUGUCUUCUCAGCUUCUUCAUAGAAUAAUUAUAGUUUAAGAUAUGACAGCUGAAGUGACAGACUUGCGUCAGCUUUUAGAUUAUUCUAGACUUUCUUCUAAGCCUGUUUUAAGGCCAUGGGAAGUUGGCAGCUCUCCACUAUCUCGAUCACCAACUCCAGAAAGGUCUACAGAAACGAAAAAACGUGCUUUCAAGAGGCCUAUUUUCGAUACACCUUCUCCAACUGACACCAACAAAAACGAUGCUAAAGUUGAGGCAAAUCCUACCGAUGAUGAUGAUGAAAUUCGUUUGUCGGCGGCUGAAAUAUCCAUCAUGAGAAAAAUUCUAAGGACCCAACUGUUGGUUUCAUCCCACGAAGUUGAAAUUUUGCGGAAGAACAGUGACUCUCCUUUGUAUUCUGUGAAAUCUUUCGAGCAACUCCACCUGCCAGAAAAUCUGUUAAAAGGAGUCUAUGCAAUGGGCUUUAAUGCUCCUUCCAAGAUUCAAGAAACAACUCUUCCUACUUUGCUAGCGGAUCCUCCCGUCAACAUAAUCGCACAAUCUCAGAGUGGCACUGGCAAGACGGCAGCUUUCGUUUUGUCUAGUUUAGCAAGAACGGAUCCGGACUUACAUUACCCCCAGGUUUUGAUAUUAGCACCUACUUACGAGUUAGCCCUGCAGAUUGGCGAGGUGGCGAAAAAAAUGGCACAGUUUUGCGAAGGGAUUGAGUUCCGAAUGGCUGUUAGAGGCGAGAACUUGCCCAGAGGUUCCACAAUAACGGAGCAUUUUGUGAUCGGAACGCCUGGAAAAGUGUUUCAUUGGACUAGGCGUGAUCGAUUUUUUGAUUUGGAGAAGCUGAGAAUUUUCGUUUUGGAUGAAGCUGAUGUCAUGAUUUCGACUCAGGGGCAUCAUGAUCAAUGUUUGCGUAUUCACCGCAUGGUGUCUAAAAGUUGUCAAAUGAUGCUGUUUUCCGCCACUUACUCAUCUGAUGUGAUGAGUUUUGCAGAAAUGAUUAUAACUGAACCCAUAAUAAUGCAGCUGAAGAGGGAACAAUGGACUCUAGAAAAUGUCAAGCAGUUCUAUGUUAUGUGCUACACCAACGAAGGUAAAUAUUCAGCUUUGUCCAAUAUCUAUGGUUCCAUAUCAAUCGGUCAGACCAUUAUAUUUUGCCGUACAAGAAGAACUGCAGCUUGGUUGGGAGCCCAACUGACUGCUGAUGGACAUUCCGUUGGUUAUUUAUCUGGAGAAUUAGAGACCAAUCAAAGACUGGAUGCCCUGACUCGCUUUAGAGAAGGGAAAGAAAAGGUAUUGAUUACAACGAACGUAUGUGCUCGAGGCAUUGAUGUUGAACAAGUGACCGUAGUCAUAAAUUUUGACUUGCCCGUUCAAGUCACUGGUGAAGCUGACUGUGAAACCUAUCUCCAUCGAAUAGGUCGAAGCGGAAGAUUUGGAAAACGUGGCAUUGCAUUCAACAUGGUGAUCGACGAAAACGAUUUAAAAAUAUUAAAAGACAUUGAAACAUUUUUCGGUAAAGAAAUUGCCAAAAUUGAUACAGACAAUGUUGAUGAUUUGGAAGCUAUUGGCUAGGGAAGAUAUGUUUUAUAAACACUGGACAUAAAAAUGUCUAUGUAUAUUUUGUUUUAUAAAUGUGGUGCAUUUAUCUUAUAUUUUCCUUCAAGUUCUGCAUUAUUAUUGUUAUUCACUCAUAAAAUUGUUAUUAUUCAAGAAACUGUGCCCAUUAGAUAGUGUCUAGCAGAAGAAGAUUUUAAAUAGAUAGCUGCCAACUACUACUAAGUAGUCUACUGGUUUUACCAGUAGACUAUUGGAUUUAUCGAAUUUCUCCUGGUUUAAAAAAUUCUUCAAAAUCGAGUAAGUUUCCCAUACAAAACUCCUAUUGAAUUUUUACACAAUUUAUUGCUAGCUUGAAUAUUUAAAUAAGUAUUACUUAUAUAUAAUGAAGCAAGCCUCAUUUAUAAUGUUCAGUUCAUUUUUAUUCAGAACUCCCUUUGUAAAUUUAUGAAAAAAAUCUUAACUAUCAAUAAUCGUUGCCUAUUACUAAUCAAAAUUAUGAGUUAACAUAAUAAAAAACAUUUUAAAUUCAAGUUUAUUUAAUACAAAUCGUAAAUAGAAAAUAUUACAGACCAUUUAUAGUUUUUAGUAUAAAAAAGUUUUUGUAUUUCGAUGACAAAAAAUAUCACUAAAAUUUCCUAUAUGUAAAAUAUUUAGUAGACUAUGCAACAGUUUUCAUGAAAUUUAUACUAUUUCGUAAAAUCUACUGGAUUUUUUAUUUUUUUCUAUCCAAGUUUGGUAAAAAGGAAACUCGAAAUAUCUGGCUGAAAGAAUAUUUGUAAUUCUUUAUUUUAUAGAAUUUGGACUACUAGUUUAAAAAUCAUCAGUACUUUGUUUACGCUGUCGCAUUGAAAAAAUUAUAGUUUAAUUUUUUGUUUUAAAAUGUGGCACAAAUAUAUUUACUCAGUAUUUCUUUUAAUAAAUGUUAAGUUCAUCAGAUAGUGUUUCUAACUCUCUUGUAUAUUGUCUGUACUUUCAUGUCUAAAGAAAUAUGUUCUUAGUUUCCGGUUGUUUGUGUAUUAUGCUAGAUGUAUAGUUUGUAUUAUUUUGUACAAAUUCCUUAUAAAUUUUGAUAAUCAGAUAAUAAAAUUUUAUAUUUUCGAAAGUA